AAGCUCAAGCCAGAACAGAGUGUAGAGCCCAAACACAGAGAGAUGGCGGAGCUGGAGGGCCUGGAGUUUGGGAAGUCCGACUUUGUCCUCCUGGAUGAGGUGACGAUGGAGCAGUUUAUGGAAAAUCUGAAGUUGAGGUUUGAGAAAGGUAGAAUCUACACCUUCAUCGGAGAAGUAGUGGUGUCUGUGAAUCCAUACAGACAGAUGGACAUUUAUGGGAAAGAUACGAUCGAUGCGUACAGAGGCCGGGAGCUGUAUGAAAACCCUCCCCAUCUUUAUGCAGUGUCCGACGCCGCCUAUAAGGCCAUGAAAAGACGAGCCAAAGACACAUGUAUUGUCAUAUCAGGUGAAAGUGGGGCAGGGAAAACAGAAGCCAGUAAAUACAUCAUGCAGUACAUUGCAGCCAUCACAAACCCAGGCCAGAGAGCAGAGGUUGAAAGUGUGAAGAAUGUGCUGCUGAAGUCAAACUGCGUGUUGGAGGCCUUUGGGAACGCCAAGACAAAUCGCAAUGACAACUCCAGCCGCUUUGGCAAGUACAUGGACAUCAACUUCAACUUCAAUGGUGAUCCCACAGGGGGACACAUCAACAACUACCUGCUGGAGAAGUCCAGGGUGGUUCACCAGCAGGAGGGGGAGAGGAACUUCCAUUCAUUUUAUCAGUUACUCCGUGGAGGCUCUGAAGAAAUGUUGAAUUCUUUUCAUUUGGAGAAUGAUCCUGCUGCUUAUGUGUACACAAGAGAGGGAGCAGAAUCAACCACUACCAAUAAUGAUCGCUCAAGCCACAAAGCAGUGAUGAGUGCACUGGAAGUGAUUGGAUUUUCAAAGGAGGAAAUUAGCUCCAUCUACCAUAUCUUGGCCUCCAUUCUUCUUCUGGGUAAUAUGCAGUUUGAGAGUGACGGUGAGAGUGUUCAGAUCGUCGGACUAGAGGCAGUGAACCAUAUUUCAGAGCUAACGGGCACAGAUCCAGACAGCGUCACUAAAAGCCUGCUGUAUCGAACUGUAGCCACAGGGGGCGGUGAGGUCAUUGAGAAAGGCCACUCGGAGGAAGAGGCCUGCUUUGGACGGGAUGCUUUUGCCAAGGCUCUUUAUGAGAGACUCUUUGGCUGGAUUGUAGGGCGCAUUAACAGUGUUAUUGAAGUUAAAAACUACAACCCAGUACUUCACGGGAAAAACACAGUCAUUGGUGUGUUGGAUAUCUACGGCUUUGAGAUCUUCGACAACAACAGUUUUGAGCAGUUCUGCAUCAACUACUGCAAUGAGAAGCUGCAGCAGCUCUUCAUCGAGCUGAUUCUUCAACAAGAACAAGGCGAAUAUGAGAGAGAGGGCAUCACCUGGCAGCAUAUCGACUACUUCAACAAUCAGAUCAUUGUGGAUCUUGUGGAGCAGCCGCAUAAAGGAAUUAUCUCCAUUUUGGAUGAGGCUUGUCUUACUGUUGGCAAAGUCACAGACACUGUCUGUCUGGACAGCAUGGACACCAAACUAGCCCAGCAUCCGCACUACACCUCCCGCAAGCUCAGCCCCACUGAUAAAACCAUGGACUUUCAGAAACACUUCCGUAUUCGCCACUAUGCCGGAGACGUCACAUAUUCCGUUGAGGGCUUUUUGGACAAAAACAAGGACCUCCUUUUCCAAGAUUUCAAGCGCCUCAUGUACAACAGCUCCAACUCAGUUCUGAAGGAGAUGUGGCCAGAUGGUCAACUGAGUAUCACAGAAGUCACCAAGCGACCUCUGACUGCAGCCACCCUCUUCAAGAACUCCAUAGUGGCCUUAGUGGACAAACUGGCCUGCAAGGAGCCAUAUUAUGUGCGAUGCAUAAAGCCGAAUGAGAUGAAGUCCCCGGUUCUGUUUGACGAUGCUCGCUGCCAGCACCAGGUUGCUUACCUCGGUCUGUUGGAGAAUGUGAUGGUGCGCAGGGCAGGCUUUGCCUACAGGCAGCCCUACGCUCGCUUUCUACAGCGAUAUAAAAUGACAUGUGAGUACACGUGGCCGAACCACCUGAUGUCCUCAGACAGGGAUGCUGUGGAGGCCAUUGUCACCCAGCACGGUUUCCAAGACGAUGUGGCGUAUGGACACACCAAACUGUUUGUCCGAACGCCACGAUCUUUGUUCACUUUGGAGCAGGAACGAGCUGCUCUCAUUCCCAUCCUGGUACUUUUCCUCCAGAAGGUUUGGCGUGGGGCUUUAGCUCGAAUGAGGUGCCGGCGGAUGAGAGCCAUCUAUGCCAUCAUGGGUUGCUAUAAGCGGUACAAGGUGAAGGCCCACUUCUGGGAGGUGGAGCGGAGGUUUGCUAAUGUGCGAACUAUGGCUGACUACGGCAAGAGUGUGGAGUGGCCAACACCACCAGCUGCCCUGUCCCAGUUUCACAACAUCACAGUUUUGCUCCAUCGCAGGUGGUGGGCGAGGCAAAUUGUGAAAAACAUCCCUCCGUCUGACAUGCUGGAGGUUCGGGCUAAAGUGGCGGCUCUGACUGCUCUGAGUGGGGAAAGAAAAGACUGGGGGGUCAGCAGAGCCUGGGAGAGGGACUACCUGGCAAAUGUGCGAGACUGUCCUCAGACCAGCUCCGGCUUCAUCCGAGUUUCCAAGGAGCUGCGAAACAAAAAUGAAUACAGUCAGGUCCUCUUCUCCGGCUUCUGUAGGAAGGUGAAUAGAUUCAACAAAAGUACAGACCGUGGCCUCCUCGUUACAGACAAAUACGUCUACAAAUUAGAGCCAAAGAAACAGUACAAAGUGUUGAAGAGGCUUCCCUUAGACUCUUUUACAGGAAUUAGCGUGACCAGUGGGGUCGAUCAGAUGGUGGCGCUGCACACGUCCGCCCAGGAUGACGUCCUGCUGUGUCUGCAGCGAGGGCAGCUGUGCCCCAACCAGGACAGAGUGGGCGAGCUGGUGGGCUCCUUAGUCGACCACUUCACACGGAUAAGGAAAGUCCAGUUCCCUGUGAAGGUUUGCCGUUCGGCCGUGCAGCUGCACAUGCGAGGCAAAUCCAAGAGCGUCACCGUGGAAACCAAACCGGGCCAGACCAAUGAGGACUUCAAGAAGAGCAAAGACGGGUUCAUCCUGUUGGUCCCAGCCAACUAAGACAGUCCGUCCAUCUCGAACACCAGCAGUUUUACCUCCAGACCAGGACCUGGACCAGGACCAUGUUCAUGUAAAACAAGUACAGGUGACCCCUCAGCUGACAAAAUAGACCAUAUCCUGAAAACCUGAUGUUUACAUGUGUGUAGUCUCAGUGUUUCUCGAAUCUGCCGUCUUCAUUCUGAGCUGCAGGAAUUUAAGAGUCACUGGACAAUGACGGCACAUAAUGGAUUUGGAGGCGAAUUUGGGAAUUAAGGUUUUUAUGCUGGUGUCGAGCAUCACAACACAGUUACAACAUGUAGACUGCAAGUGUAAUAUUGUCCUUUGCUUUUAUCCUGAGUUGCAUUUAUGUAAUAUAUUUGAUAUUUUUAGGAAGAUUAAACAAAAACACGCACUUUUGUAAUGAAAAACAAAGUCCAUCGUAACGCUUAUAACAGUGUCGGCACAUAUUUCAGUUGUUCUGUUGUAUUUUGAGUAGAGCUGGGCAUUGCCUCAUGACUACUGACAAGAAAACAAUGGGAAUUAUUCCACCUCAGAAUAAAAAGAGGGAAAUAAGAGCAGACAGCAGAGCAAAAUAAAUUAUUCAAGAUGUA